AUCUCGACAACUCUUCGGUCUUUGAUCGGGGAACAAGUGGACUUACCCUUUCACGACUCUUCAAACCUCCAUCCCCUUCGGAGCCACCUAUCCAUCAUCAACUCACUCCGCUCCAAACCAGACAACAAACCUCGCUUAUUCCAAGCCCACAAUCGGGCACUCAACACAUGCGAUGAGGUCCCUCACCACCACCUUCCUCCUCUUCCUCCUCUUUGGGCUCCUCGUCACCCUUUCAGCAGCCCAGUCCUCAGCAAAACCUGAGUCCAGCACCCAACCAACCUCAACAGCAGCCGCCACCUCUGUCUCCAUGUCCAUCCCGCCUACCUCAUCCUCACCAAGAGCAUCCUCAUCCUCCACCUCCCCCAGAAAAACCACCUCUUCAAAGCCCUCCGCCACCGCCACCGUCCCCGGCCCCUCAGGCACCAACUACGGCCCCAAAGGCCCUCCCGACGUGCUCCUCCAUAUCCCCGAACUGCACGUCGGCCGCAUCGAGCUAGACGUCAACAACCUCCGCGCCGACAUCGCUCUAGCCGCCGAAGUUGCUUCCCUAGUGCAACUCAACGCCGGCGUCCAAGUGGGAAUCGACAAAGUGAACAUCACCAUAGCCGACGUGGACGCCAACCUCGACCUGGUCAUUCGUCUCGGAAACCUCGUUAAAGUCGUCAAUCGCACGCUCUCCACUCUGGAUCUCAACCCUGCCUUGAUUAACUUGAUUGAUGGCGUGGUGGAUGCGGUGGACGGGGUUAUCGGUGCUGUGGAUGGAUUGUUGGGGAGUGUUGUGCAGGGAGAUAGUAAAGUGAAUUUUCUGAUUGAUAAUUUGGGGAAUAUCGUGCAGGAGGUGGUGGGCGGGGGUAGUACGAUUGUGGGCAAUUAUUUGAAGAAUAUGACGUUUACGGGGACGGUGAAGGAUUUGGGCAAGGGGUUGACGCAGAAGACGUACAAGUAUGAGGCGUUGGGGAGUUUGGUGAAUGUGGUGACGAAUGCGUUGGGGCAGGUGGUGCAGGCUGUUGUUGUUGGUGCUGGGGGUGGUGGAGGGGGUGGAAGUAGUUCGAGCAGUUCGACUGUGAAGCCGACGAGUUCGACGACGGCGAGUGUGGUGCCAACUUCAACUUCGACGGCUUGA